ACUACUAAUAAGAUUCCAUAUAGAAAUAUUAAUAUUGAGUAUGAACAAAUCAAUUCUGAAGAUAAUUCAAUUAACUAUGAUGAUUUAAAACUUGAUGAUGACAAUUCUAAUUCUAGAUGA